AUGGUGCGAAAACCAGCCGUCCGGGCUUUCAAGCCUGCGCGCAUCUACCAGACGGUGACUACUCUGAUGGAUCACCGCAUUUACAGGAAUCUCAAGGUUUCCCAGCCCGUGUGGUACAAGGUCGUCGAAAAUAAUCCGCCCUCGGAGAUCCUCACGCGCCCAUUGCCGCCGCAACACAAGCACUACGACCCCAAGACGAGCAAGAUCAAGAAAGCCAGCAGGUUAUUCCAGCCCCAGCAGCUGGUGUACGAGGAGGAUGCGUUGCGACGCCGUUUCUACAAAGACCAUCCUUGGGAGCUGGCAAGGCCGCGCAUGAUUACUGAAAUGGACGGAAAGGACGCGCAACGGAUAGACUGGAGCACCGGCCUCAGACAGCCUGGUAUUCCCUUGAGCGGAGAAUCUGUCGUUCAAGUUCAACUAUGGCGGAUGCACACCUUCGGCAUGACCGUAGACGAGGCCUACGACGUGACGCGAAAAGAAUUCUACCGUCUCCGUCACGAAGAGGACGUUGAGCGGAGAGUGGCGAUCGAGGAGGCUCGCAUGGUCGGAGGCUACUUUGGCAAGACAUACCUGCAGAUCGGUAUGGAACUCGAGGACAAGGAGCACGAGAGGUGGAAGAAGUGGGCUACCAAGCAAAUCAACAGGAUUCGUGGUGAGCAGGCCGACAUGCUCAGCACGAAUGUGGACGAAUCUGCUAUGGAUUUGGAAGGCGUCGAUUUGGAUCAGCUGUCCGAAGCUGUCGAGACUCUGGCAAGGUAA